UGUCUUGAAUGCAGAAGCCGAGUAAAAAAAAUCUUGAAAAGAAUUUUAAUUAAAGAAAAUGAUAAAAAAAAGUGGUUAAAUGUGAUGGAGAAAUCUUAAACUUUGACGACGUGAUGUGUUACACAUUAGUGAAGCUCUUUAGUGAUGAGAUUGAGGCUCAUUACGCUGGUUUUUAAAGCACGUCUUUUUGUGUUAAACCGGAAGGAGGUGUAUUAUAACGCGGUGAAAGAGACUAAACGAGGGGAGGAACGUUCGUGUCAGUGUGGUAGUUUGUGCGGAAAGUCCUUAAGGGAACUCUUUAAUGUCCCAGUUAAUCGAUAAAGUCGGUCCACGCCAUUAUCCGGCAAAGACAGGGCCGAGUUAGUAGUAAUAAAGACUGAUACCGUGAGGCAUCAGAGUGGAAGGGAAGAAACCUGCGUUAAACGCUUCUCACCGGCCGGAAACAGUUUCUCUUGCCAUUUUGGAGUUCAGAACGAUUCGUGUGAAUUUAGUGGAUAUUAUUAUUUUACGCACAAGUGCGUAUGUCACGUGGCCAUUUGCCGGAGUAUAAAGAUGCAGGCACAGAAAUAAUUAAUGAGUGACAGUGGCUUUCAUCAUAAUGAAUGGAAAACCAGGUUUUUACCAGUGAAACGAGAAUGACGACAUUCACCAGCAAAUGGAAACAGUGAAUUAAUUGAAAAUGUUCCGACUGGAGGUGCUCGGUGUUCUCCUGUUGUCGUGCACACAGAUAUUGACACAGCAUCGUGAAUAUUAUGUGCCUUUCAACCAGUAUGGACAUCAGAGGCACGGUCAAAAUUGGGAGGGAACGAGAAUGGCGAAGGAGAUACGAGUUAAACAAGGAAGACUCAGGGGAUACGUAGUGGAACCCACCGCUAAUCCACAGCAGCUGGUCGAUGUAUUUCUCGGUGUACCUUACGCUGAACCGCCAGUGGGGCUCUUUAGAUUCUCACCACCGCGUUCACCGCAGCCCUGGCGUGACGUCAGAAUUGCUAAGGAAUUUGCUCCUGUUUGCCCCCAAGUGCUGCCGGAUCUUCGACUCGAAGUUAUGCCCGGUAGACAUGAGUACUUGGAGAGGCUUCUGCCAUACUUGAAGAAUCAGAGUGAGGAUUGCUUGUAUCUCAACGUUUAUGCGCCACACCAGAGUGACGGUCAAUCAAAUCCCCGAAGGUAUCCAGUGAUGGUUUUUAUCCACGGCGAGAGUUAUGAAUGGAACAGUGGAAAUUUCUACGAUGGCACUCUCCUGUCAUCAUAUGGCAACGUCGUAUUCGUGACCAUCAAUUUUCGACUUGGAAUUUUAGGCUUUUUGCGGCCGGGAACGAGCGACGAAACGACAAGCAAUUUUGGCCUUAUGGACCACAUUGCUGCACUUGUAUGGCUGAGGGAGAAUAUUGCUAAAUUCGGGGGCGAUCCAGACUGUGUUACGCUGGUGGGACAUGGCACUGGGGCUACUCUCGCUAAUUUACUUCUGAUAAGUCCUGUGGCCACUGAUCAGAAGAGGGAGGAAGGGGGACUGUUCAAGAGAGCGAUAUUGAUGUCCGGCUCCGCACUGAGUGCUGAUGCAAUUGGCCAAGCCCCGCUCCAGAUAACCAAACAGGUAGCGCAUGCAUUAAACUGUCCGGUAACUAGUGACAGCGAUCUCGCCGCAUGCCUGAGAAAUCGCGACGUUGAAUCACUACUGAACGUUAAAAUUCACAAGCCAAAAUACGUUCCGGCAUUUGCACCCCUCAUCGAUAAUGCCGUAAUACCGAAGAAGCCUCUGAAGUUAAUGGAAAAUACUCAGCUGUUUGGCAGGUUUGACUUGAUGUACGGUGUUACCGAGUCGGAGAAGUUUCACGUUUUAUCACCAGUUGCCAUGCUGCAAGGAAUGUCUGACAGUGAACGGGAUGACGUGCUGCGGGAGCACGCGAGGGCAACUUACGAGGUGGAACAGGACCUCGUACUCUCAAAAAUCCUCGAUCACUAUGGGGAUGGCGCCCUUGACGGAUAUUCCGACGCCUAUCGGAUGAUCAAUCGUAAUAUUGUACUCGAUGCAUUAUCUGAUAGUGGUACUGUUGCACCACUUGUUAUGAUGGGAAAGUUACAUGCUAAGGCCAAUCCCAAGAGCUACAUGUAUGUAUUCUCCCAUCCGAGGGCUAUGCCCAGUGUUUCUGGGGAUCGCCGAGAACAUACCGUUCAUGGAGAUGAGCUGCCGUACGUACUGGGGGUGCCCCUCGAGAGUGAAAAGUAUCAUCCACGUGGCCGUUACAACAUCGGCGAAUCACUUCUCUCCGAGGCCAUGAUGACCUGGUGGUGCAACUUUGCCUAUACGGGAAAUCCCAAUGCACCGAGACGUACAACGUAUAUGACAGAUGGACCCAAGGCUUGGAGGCAGUAUCAAGUGGACUGGCCUGAGUAUGACCUUGAGGGUGGGAGACACUUGAAUUUGACAAUUCCCCCAAAAGUUGGCCGUAAAUAUCGUUCAACUGAAAUGGAGUUCUGGAAUUCUGACCUACCAAGUGUAUUUCGCCUGAAGCCACCGGGUCCUCGUCCUGACAUUCUGGAUCGUGCCGACGGCAUUGGCAAGUACGCAAUUGUUAGCCCCUACGACUCACCCAAUGGCUCCAAUAUGAAAUAUACAACUGUCGUGCCGAACAAUCUUGAUAGGUACGGUUCAACGGACGAUGAGAAUGAUACACGGGGCAAGUUUCCUCAUUCCGGUGCUUCCGGAAAUUCCAAACAACAUAAAUCAUCAAGUGAUGAUGAAGGCUCACUGAGAGGGUCAUCAGCAAUAACGAUGGUCAUUGGUUUCGGCGUUGUGUUCCUCUUAAUAAACAUCACGGCAUUCUUCUUUCUUUAUCACAGACGACAGGGUAUGAAGAAUAAAGAGGCUGCUGCUAAGAAUACAAAGAGACGGCCAACUGUUCUUGAUGAUGGAGUUAAGAGAACGAAGCCAGAUAAGCGUCAGGUGAGUGCCACUGAAUUGGGAAAAAAAUGUGACAGCAAACCGGACAUCAACGAAGUCAUCAAGAGUGACAAGGCUUAUGACAAUAGCUCUAACUUCGGACGGAGAUCGAAAUUAUCCAGACAGAAUUCAAAUUCAACCAUUGAUACACACAUCAAAGUUAAAGAGUGGAUUCAACAGGAGAUUGUGCACAGAUGUUCACCGAGGUUUUUGCGUAAAACUCGGGAGACCCUACAGAAAGAGCACAAUGAUAAAAUAACAAGACAGCAAGAAAUUGAAGAAGAACAACUGCGAAACCUCGAAGAGGAGUUGUUGAGUAAAAAACCAGAGCCAAUAUACGAUGAAAGUCCUCUGAUCGUUAGGCCAGGUGGGAAGAAAUCAAAGGGGCCUAAAGUUUCGGUGGCAAUUGAUGCAACACCAGCAACCAGAACCGAAUCUAUUCUCAAUCAGAUACCAAUUGAAUUGGUCAAGGAUCUGGAAGUGUCUGAGGACCUCAGCCCAUACAUGGAUAACUACGUUGACGUACAGAUGACACCCCAAGUGGUUGUGAUUGAGCAUCAUCACUCCCGAAGUGAUCCAUUACCAAUGGAGACUGUCUUCAAAACCAUCAAACCGAAAUUCUCGACAAUGUCACGUACAUACGAAUCUGAUUCAGGAAGUGCCAGUAGUUUAUACGCAAAAAUAAAUCCAAAAUUGAAAUCCAGACUUCCUCGAUUUGAUCAGCCGGAAACUCCUGAGGAAGAGAUAUCAAACGAUACCUGUGACGGAUGUACAACCCAAGGACCGAUUGAUGAAAAUAUUUACGGCAGACUACCAAAGAUGACGACCUUUGGAACUCCUAACGAGGAUGUUAAUGUAACCUGCAGAGAGCCUACGGAACGUGAUGUUAUCAGCCCCGAGGAGGCACUCAAGACGAUCAAACGUCGUAAUUACCCGAAGGUCCUGCCAGAUAUCGAGAAGAGGCGGUCAUUGCCCGCUCCAAAUGUCCUCUAUUCAACGAAGACAUCUGGAAAUUCACUUAAAGACCAUCGACAAGGACCACAUCCGUCCUGUAUAACUGAAUACCCACCGGUCCCUCCACCUCGGAUAUUCGGAACAUCAAAGAGUUUAGAUCUCCCCGAAGAAGAUGAACCAGUCACAACAAAUCUUCACGUAGGACCUCUAUUGAAGAGACAAGACUCCAUAGGGAAGAGUCAAACUGACACGAGUUUUACAGACUCCACGGAUACAUUCCCAAUGGAGAAAUGCCAGUCCGAGAGAAGUAUUAUAGACUCCAUGGAGAGGGUUGCAAUGACUGCCCAAGAAGUUCUAUUGAAUCAUCGAGACGAAUACAUGGAGAUUCCUCUGAAUCCAAAAUGCCCAGUUCAUGGAAAACCUUUUAUAUUUCCUGAACCCGUUCCUACCCCGAGUACAAGUCGAUCUGCCGAUAAUUUAGAUCGCAGCAUUGGCAAUCCUCACUGGUAUGUUCAAUCAGUGAAUCCCACACCGUCAAAGGGUCUUCCAAACAUCUCACUUCCCGACGUCAGCAUUGGCAAUCCAAAUUGGUACAGAACCAUGAGAAAGCAGACAGAUCAAAAUCCCUUUUUCCAGUACGGAAAUCCCGAUGAUAUUCCACGGCAUCAAGUCCUGCUAAAUGAACCGAAAAUAGUAAUAACACCACGAAGAGACAUUCCUGGACAUAAUCCACCCUCACCGCAGCCUAAUCUAAGCCCAUACCCGAACAUUGCAGGACACUCCCAAGAAUCACAUUUAGAUAAUACAUCAAGGUCGAAUGAAGAAUGCUACAUGCCUCAGCAUUAUCCUGAGUCCUUUGAUCCUUCAUUCAAUCAGGGGGAUGAGCCACGUGAGCCGAUGAUUGUAAUCUCACCGACUAGCAGUGUCAAGCAACCAAAGAUCAUAAUCAAACCAACGACCAAUGUAACGAGGAAUCGUGAACGCACUAUACCCAAGGUAUCAGCUAUUCCAUACCCAGAAGUACAGCAUUUGCAGAAUAAUGAGAGAGAUACAAAGGGAGUGGAUGUUGGUAAAUCCAGUGAGAAGCCACCUAUUAAGAAGAAGCCAAAGGUCACGAGAAUACCGUCGUUCUCCAGGCGUAAAGAGGAGCAAUGCACAUCAGACAAAACAAACACCGGGAUUUACCCGGAAAAGGUGGAAAUUGUUCAACGGGUUAAUGCAGCACCAAGUAAAGUUUGUAUUCCAGUGAACAACGAUAAUAAAUCGUCUAUUCCGACGUUGAGAAAGGAGUCUGUCACUGUGGAAUCUUCUAGCUCCUCGGGCAAUUUGGAUUCUAAUACUAAUACUGUUAAGCGAAAGCCAGUUGAUAAAAAGUGAAUCGUUAAUGCGAGACUUCUAGACAAGUAUUAAUUUUAAUACAUUUCUUUUUUAUCUGAAUAUUUAUACACCGUUGAUGGUAACUAUUUUUUAUGCCAAUAUGAAGUGUUUCCUCAAGUGCCUAAACGCCAUUUUUCGACAUGUACAUAAUGAGAAUUUGGUAACGUUACGAGUGUUGGAUGAGUUAAAAGUUCGAAAUUUUUGAGACAGUUGGAUAAUUAGUUCGGGUUAUUUAUUUUCACCACGUGGAACACGCUGUUCCUCUAUUAGAUGUGAAUUAGUGGAGUGUAAUUUCGGGAAGAUGGAGAGAAAACUCAAUGUAAUGCAAGAAGAGGUAAAAGUUGAAUAUUUCAUUCGUAACUUUGUUUGCAUGCAGCCAACAAAAUUGGAAAUAAGUCUACCGUGGAGUUUAUAGAAAAAGUUUUGUUAUUAAAGGGGGAUAAAACACCCCAGUUUCCGCCGUUACGUUUAGCCUUUGAGAUUAAUACAAUGAAAUUUUUCAUUUUUAAUAACAAAAUGAUUAUCCACUGUGGUGUGAAGAAUAUUGAAGGAUGAGCUAUUGAACAACUUCGUGAUAAUUUAUAAUCACAAACUACCUACAAACAAAUUUUAAUAAGUUGGGAAAAAAAUUGUUUUAGAGGAAUUCAUGAGACCGUGUAAAAAUAUUAUGAACAUGAAAAAAAGUUAUUACCGUUGUGUUUAUUUGUGAUUGUAAAUUGUUUGGAAGCUCUUGUUCAAUGCUGAUGAACAGAAAUGAUUGAAUAAAGUGAAGGACGCAAAAAAUUUGCAGAGUUUUGUUACA